AAUAGCAGUCGAUUUAGCUGGCCAGCUUGGCUUUGUUGUAGACGAUCAGAAAAUAAGAGUUCUUCCCCACCCCCUAUUUCCUCUGCUGUGGCGGAAGUAACUCGUAUUGCUGAGGCCUCAUCCUUCCAAUGGCGACUGAAAACAAGCUGAAUAGAAAGCGGGAGCAACCGUGGAGGGGGUCAGAGCCGUGUAACCGAAAUUAAAUAAAUAUAUCAUACUCUCACUAGUCAUCAAGUUAGUUUAAAAUUGUACACCCACCAAAGCGCGGCCGAUUCAAUGGCCAAAAAUCGGAAUAUUUCGCUCCUUGAAUCGGAGCUAUAUUACCUAAUUUCGCGAUAUCUAACAACGGGUCCAUGUCGGAGAGCGGCUGAGGUUCUAGUGAGCGAACUAGAAGAAUACCAGCUUUUACCCUGCAGAUUGGACUGGCAAGGAAAUGAACAUCCAAGAUCUUACGAAGAUUUGGUUGCCGCCAACAGACACAUUGCACCUGACCAUUUGCUGCAGAUCUGUAGGCAGAUUGGGCCAAUUCUGGACAAAGAGGUGCCAUCAUGUGUUCCAGGCAUACAUUCCCUACUGGGAACUGGGAGGCAGUCCAUACUCCAAACAUCAAAAGGUUAUGUCAGUGUUCGAAGGAAAGGCUCAUCAUUUGCUGCCCUGCACAGAGGGAGACCACCAGAGAUGCCUUUGACCUGCAAGAAUCCUCCAAAUCUAGUGUAUGUGUACAGAGGAAGGGAGCUAACAGGUACGCAGCGGUUCAGCACUGUGAACCCUGUGAGCAACUAUCAGCGCAUUCGGCUGCACAGGAGGAUUCUGGGUCAUCUUUCUGCAGUCUACUGCAUCGCUUUUGAUCGAACUGGUCUCAGGAUUUUCACUGGCUCAGACGACUGUUUGGUGAAGAUAUGGUCUUCAUUUGACGGAAGACUUCAUUCCACCCUCCGAGGACAUUCUGCUGAGAUCUCAGACUUGGCUGUCAGCUUUGAGAAUACCUUGAUAGCAGCUGGCAGCUGUGACAAAACCAUCCGAGUUUGGUGCCUUCGUACCUGCGCCCCUAUGGCUGUCCUACUGGGGCACAGUGGAUCCAUUACCUCUUUACAGUUCUCACCAUUUGCCAAGGGCUCAAAGAGAUACCUGGUGUCCACUGGAACUGAUGCAACCAUCUGCUUUUGGCAGUGGGAUGUCAAUAACAUACAUUUUAGUGAUCGCCCACACAAGUUUACAGAGAGGCCCAGACCGGGAGUUCAGAUGGUGUGCUCAUCAUUCAGUCCAGGUGGCAUGUUCUUAGCGACGGGAAGUACUGAUGAUGUCAUCAGAAUAUAUUACCUGGGAGGUGGGAACCCUGAAAAAACAUCAGAGCUUCAUGAACACACGGACAAGGUCGACAGCAUUCAGUUUUGCCACUCAGAAGAAAGGUUUGUGAGUGGCAGUCGCGAUGGCACAGCACGGAUCUGGAGGCUGACUCAGCGUCAGCAGUGGAGGAGCCUUCUGCUGAACAUGAAUGCCAUUUUACCAGGCUCAGAACAAUCAAAUGAUGAGGAUAGCUUCUUCAAGCCCAAGGUCACCAUGGUAGCGUGGGAUCGUCAUGACAACACGGUCAUCACAGCGGUCAACAACCAUCUCCUCAAAGUGUGGAACUCCUACACGGGCCAGCUGCUACAUAUCCUCAAAGGCCAUGAGGAUGAAGUGUUUGUCCUGGAGCCCCAUCCAUCAGAUCCCAGGAUCAUGCUGUCUGCUGGCCACGAUGGAAACCUCUUCAUCUGGGACAUUGUCCGGGGCACAAAGACUACUCAUUACUUCAACAUGAUUGAGGGCCAGGGUCAUGGUGCUGUCUUUGAUUGCAAGUUUACUCCAGAUGGCCAGCGCUUUGCCUGCACAGACUCCCAUGGCCACUUACUCAUUUUCGGCUUUGGGAGUUCCAAGCCAUAUGAGAAGCUUCCAGAUCAGGUGUUUUUCCACACUGAUUACCGGCCACUGAUCCGGGAUGCCAACGGUUUUGUAUUGGAUGAGCAGACCCAACAGGCACCCCAUCUCAUGCCCCCUCCCUUCCUAGUAGAUGUGGAUGGGAACCCUCAUCCCCCUAGAUACCAGCGGCUGGUCCCUGGAAGGGAGAACAUUGCAGAUGAACACCUGGUGCCUCAAUUGGGAUAUGUUGCCACAAGUGAUGGCGAGGUGAUGGAGCAGGUGAUCAGUCAGCUCACCACGGACCAUGAGGAGGCCACAGCCCAACGCAGUGUUCUGGACAACGCCAUCAGACAGCUGCAAGAGCAGCAGGACAGACAGAGCAGACAAGGAGCAGCUGCGCCAGCAGAGGUCCAAGUACAGGGCCCGGCAUUUCCAACGCCCAGCACCCCACGCAGAGUGUCGGUGAAUGAGCGCGGUGCAGCUGACAUGCAGUCGUCCCCUAACGUGGGUCUGCGGCGCAGUGGACAGGUGGAGGGAGUGAGACAGAUGCACCAGAAUGCCCCUCGCAGUCAGAUUGCCACAGAGAGGGACUUGCAAGCCUGGAGACGCAGGGUUGUGGUGCCUGAGCUCUCAUCCAGCUUGUACAGCUGCCAGGAUAAAUUCCGAAUUGCGAAAGGAGAGGAUGAGAUAGCCUUAUACAAUGCAAAGAAACGACGUGUGACAUACGGCAGUUGUAGAGACGAUUCAGAUGAUGAACUACCUUGUGUUAAACGAGCACAGUACCGCAAAAAACAAAAAACCUUCCAGCAGGGCAGAGAUGGUGUUGUGGAGGAAUUCAUUGAGUUCUCUUGUGAAGAAGGAGAGGAGACUGCAUCAUCAGAGGACCAUGACAUGGAAGGCAGUGAACUAGAUUCCUCCAAUGAGGAAGAGGAAUGGAGAAGUGACAGCUCAAGCCACUCAUCCAGUGAAUACUCCGACUGGACUGCAGACGCUGGAAUCAACCUGCAGCCCUCAAGUACCCUUUCAUCACGGAAACGAGUUCGCCGCCAGCUCAGCAGCUCAGAGGAGGAAGAUAACAUAGACGAGGAGAAGCAGCAAAGUGAUGAGGAAGAACGACCUACUCAAACGAGCAAGCAGAAAUCCCAAAAGACCAAAUGCAAGACACCCAAGCGGCCUAAAGCCAGGCCAUCGAUCAACAGAGAAGUGUCCAAUGAGUUCAGACCCUCAGCAUGGAUCACUGAUGUAAUUCCCAGGAAGUCUCCCUUCGUACCACAAAUGGGUGAUGAGGUGAUAUAUUUCCGCCAGGGUCAUGAGGCAUAUGUGGAAGCAGUGAGCCGAAACAACUUGUACCCCAUUAACAUGGAGAAACAGCCCUGGAGGAAGAUGGAGCUGAGGGACCAAGAGUUUGUUAAAAUAACUGGGAUCAAGUAUGAAGUAUGCCCUCCGACACUGUGUCGCCUGAAACUCACCCUCAUUGACCAUGGCACUGGAAAAAUCACAGAGAAAUCAUUUUAUGUCAAAUACCAUGACAUGCCAGAUGUGAUUGACUUCCUUGUGCUUCGACAGAGUUAUGAUGAAGCACGCAAUAGAGUCUGGCGGCCAAAUGACCGAUUCCGGUCAGUAAUAGAUGAUGCCUGGUGGUUUGGGACCAUUGUUUGUCAGGAACCUUAUCAGCCUGAAUAUCCUGACAGUCAUUUCCAGUGCUUCAAAGUCCGAUGGGAUAAUGGUGAAACUGAGAAGCUAAGUCCUUGGGACGUGGAAGCUAUUCCAGAGGAUGCCCAGCAACCAGAACAUAUAGGUGGAGGGGUUCCGGUGACCGGUGACGAGAUGAGAGAGGUCAUGUAUAAACCCGAGACAGGAGAGUGGGGUGAGAGGACCAGAGAUGACGAGUGCGAACGCAUCAUAGCAGGCAUUGACCAACUCAUCGCAGUUGAUAUUGUAGCUCCAUUCUCUGGCCCGGUGGACAUAGUUCAAUACCCAACCUACUGCACAGUGAUAGCCUACCCUACAGACCUGGGCACCAUCAGACUGAGACUGAUGAAUAGGUUCUAUAGGCGCCUGUCGGCUUUAGUGUGGGAUGCGAGAUACAUAGUGCACAAUGCCCGGACCUUCAAUGAGCCACGGAGCAAGAUAGCCCAUUCAGCGAAACUUAUCACAGAUGUCCUUCUGAAAUUCAUCAAUCAACCUAGCUGUACAGAUAUCAUGGAGAUCUAUAAUUCCAUUGAAGACAUGGACUGUACUGAUGAUGAGGACCUAGAUGUGGCCCCAGGCCCUUCUUCUGGACACAGACUGCGCCAGCGCUCUGUGGAGACGGUGCCUGACCGAGACUCGUGGAAGGGUCAGUGCAAACGUCUGAUGAACUAUAUCUUUGAGUGUGAGGACUCGGAGCCCUUCAGAAAGCCUGUGGAUCCUUCCAUGUAUCCCGACUACCUUAGCAUCAUUGAUACGCCCAUGGACUUUGGGUCGGUAAAGGAGACCCUUGAGGAGGACCACUAUGAAAACCCAAUGGAGCUCUGCAAAGACACACGUCUGAUAUUUGCCAACGCUAAAGCCUACACGCCAAACAAGCGCUCAAAGAUCUACAGUAUGACACUGCGGCUCUCUGCAUUUUUUGAAGAGCGAAUAAGAACAAUAAUAUCGGAAUAUAAAACCGCCAUCAAGAGCAGUGAGAAGCUCCGCCGCAGCCAGAGGUUCCGAAAGAAGCUUCAGCAUCAGGAGUCUGCAGAACCCAGCGGUGACAUCAUAAGUCAAAAGAGAGCUGCUCUGAAAACUCAGGAAAAAGUAGAAACGGCUUCAAUAACCAAAUCUACCUCAGCCGAAGUGGCUGCUUCUGAGAGAGCCAAAAGGAGGAGCCAAAGCAGUGACAGCUCAAGCCACAGUUCCUCCGUAGCCUCUUCUGGGUCAGACUCUGAGAGUGAGAGUGAGUUAUCGAUGAGUGACUCUGAAGAGGAGAAAUUCCCAGGUUCCUCACGGCACCAUAUCAGCAGAGAGACCAGAGGAAACGGAAGAGUCACCAGAAAUAAUAGGGCAAAGAAACAAAAGAAAAAAGUUGCUCAGAGUGACAGUGAAGAGGAAGAAGAGUCAUCCCAUGAGGGUGAGGAGAGUGAGGACGGUGGGAAGUCUUUCAACUCGUCUUCUCGAUUCCCCAGCAGGGGCCAGAACACCAGGCUGACCAGAAACAGUGCUGCUGCCCAUAGGAAACAUAACAUACGGCCAGGGUGGGGUGCCCCAAUGAAUGGUCAGAGCAGAACAUCUAGACGUGAGAGGUGGCGUGGUAGUGACUCUGAGUUAUCACCAUCAGAUGGUUCGGAGACUUACAGGGAGGCUGAGGAGGAGAAUGUGGGCCGCAGGACUCUAAAAAGAAAGACCGCCCGGGCAGCCGUCAACAAGAUGAAGCUUCUGAAAGUCUCUGAGGAAGACUAUGAUUCAGCCUCUGAGGAAGAGGACAAACAAAGCAGAAAAAGCAGCAGCCAUGUGACCCGGCUCAGCAAACGCACUGCCCUAAUCCAGAGCAGCUCUGAAUCAGAUGAUCAGUCAGCACAGAGUUCUAAAAAAGACAAGGAUUCAUCAGGUGAUUCAGGGAACAACGAGGACAGUAUUGAGAGUGCAGCUUCCUCCUAUUAUUGCCAUAAGAAUGGAGAGAGUAAGAGCUCCAGGACAAGCAGACCAGCUGCAGGGACAGAGGACAAAGAUUUGUCUUAUGUUAAUGGACACAGCACAAAACGUCAAAAGACUGACAGUAACUCAGAGAAAGAGCAUGAAGAUGGUGGAGAAGAGGAAGUUGCUCUUGUGACUCAGUCUUCCAGAAGUAUUGAAACAGCUGCUGUGAGCAAAAGUAGAUCUUACAGUGAUGUGGAAGAAGAGAAUUCUGGAAAAUGCAAUCAUCUGGAAAGCUCAGAAGAGGAUGACGGAAACCACAUUGCCCAAAGACACCCUCACCAAAAUGGGAGAAAGGUGAAGAAAGAACAUAAAGACUCUGAGAAAAAAUUUAAAUUAUCAUCAAAAAGCCAAGAACAAACAUCUGCCUCAACCCACAAAAAGGAUAGUGCUGAAUCAGAGGAAAUCACUGAAACUCCAAAGAGAUCAAGCUCUCGGAAGAAAAGACAGAAGUGUGAAGAAGAUGAGGAGGACGGGCAGGAGGAAGACUACAAUGAAGCAGACAGCGACCUCUCAGAUGAAGAAUCUCAGGGAGAAUCUUUGAAAAAACAUCAGUUACGAAACAGGAACAAGCUCAAAAGACAGUUUCACAAAGAGUGUGCUUCAGAGAGUGAAGAGGAUGAUGUACCAAAUAGGAGAGCAAGGAGGAAACCACACACUUUCUCAGAGGAAGAAUCUGAUGGGGAGGUGAAACAUCACCCUAGCAGACGAAUUUGCCUUCGAGCCCAACCGCAAAAAAAAUACAUCAAUGAAGACUCUGAGGACUCGAACUCUGAGUUGCAAGGCAGCCUCAAGAAUGUGAAGAGCAAUGGUGCCUUGAAUAAAGAUGGACGUCAACGCGAAAGAAGGAAAGCCUCAACUAAUUCAAAAUCGUUUUCUUCCAAGAGAAAGCGCAUUUACACGUCAGACUCUGAAGACAACCCAGAUGAAAAGAAACAUUGCAUGCCCACGCCUGACAGCAACUGUGAAGAUAAGGACACAAAAAGACCCAACACCAAACAUCCCAAAAAAGCAUCUCGAUCGAAGUCUGAAGACCCGGAAAGUAAUGGGCAGGAAGAUGAGGAGAUGGAGCGUCCCAGAGAGAAGAGAACGUUGGUGCGACAGAAGCGCAAGCGCAAGGAAAGCUGCAGCAGCAGCAGUGCCCACAGUUCUUCCUCUGAAAGCGAGGAGGAAGAGUCAUCUGCCUCUGAGAAUUCCUCUGCCAGCUCAGGGUCCCAAAGCAGUCCAAAGCCAAGGAGCCACAAGAGGGUGUCAAGGGUCAGUGAAAGGGGUGCUGCCCGCCAUGCUCAAAAUCGAAGGGAUGCUUCUGAAGCAGACAGUGAUGAAUCGUACAGGAUACCUCAGAGAGGAGCCCGCGGAACACGUAUAAAGACCCGAAACCGUGGCAAACGGACAGUGACAUAUCAUCACGACAGUGAAUGAAGGGCUAAGCAAAGCAAACUUAGUCAGAGACUGAGAGUAACUGGAGACAUUGAAGACACUUGAUUGCAUUAUGGUAUUAGCACUGGAGCCCUUUCGUGAGGAAAUGCUGUGAAUCUGUUUCAUUCAGGGAUAUUUAUAUUUUCUAUGAAAAAAGUUUAUAAAAUGUAUGAAUACAAGCAUUUGAACAGCUGGUUUUCACAUAUUUACAAAACCACCCCCAAUUUUGCUUGUGAUUUGGCCAGCUAAAUUACCGUUUGGGGGGAGAUUUGUCAGCUUGGGUGCUAUCUUAAUAUACCUCUGUUUAAUCGAGUACUUUGCUGGCUUGCACUUAAAAAAGUUCAAAUAAAAUAAAAAAAACACUGUAAAGAGGUAUUUCAUACACUAGUUUUGCAUUAGAAACUCAGGGGUCAACUAAGUUUACUGCAGUCUCAGACAAUUAUUUUGUAAAACUGAGGCAAAUAAUUCAAGGAUGGCAGUUUCAGUCCAAGCACAUAAUCACUGAAACAAAACAAAUCAGCUUCACCUUUCAUUGACUUCAACACUCUUUUGUAAUUUCACAUUAAUGAUACUUUACUAUUUUGUGAGAUGACUUGUUGAUAUGAGCCAAAAUGUACAAAUUUGAAUUCCUAAUUUUAAUUUUGUCAUUUAUUUCUUUGUUUAUAUUUGGAUUAUUUUGUGUUCUAGUCAUGGAAUGAGGUGUAAAUAUGUGAUUGAGAAUUACUUAUGUUGUAUGGUUUAUGAGGAUCACUAUUGCAAACAAAUGCUUACAGUGCUGUGAAAAAGUAUUUGCCCCUUCCAUUUCAGUUUAUGUUCAGAUAUUUAAGGAUGUUUACAUCUGAAAAAUAAACACUUAACAUUUUUGGAAUGGUGUAGUCAUGUUCAGAUCUAGAUUGAUAUCACAUUCCCCCAGAGUGAUGUGAGAUUGACAUUUACAGGAGGUUAUUGGUUGUAGUUAUUACAGGUGGUCCUUCUGGUUGUGUAAGGAGGCAAAUACUUUUUCCCAGGGGCAUUGGGUGUUGCAUAACUUUGUUUAUUAAAUAAAUGAAUUAAGUACCUAAAUGUUUGUUCAAUCAGAUUCUCUUCAUCUGAUAUUACCCUUUUGUUGUAGAUCUGAUGACUAAGUGGCAAAUAUGCAAAAAUAGAGAAAAUCAGAGAGGGAAAAUACUUUUUUGCUGCACUGUAUUUCAAUUUGAGCAUACAUUUUUCUUUUGAAUGACAUUACAAUGCAUUGUCUUACCACAUGUCACAAAUUGGUACCUUUUUGCCAAGUAUGGGAAACAAACUACUUGUGCAAAAUGCUGUGAUUUCUCAUAUUGGGAAGACAUUUUAGUGUUGUUUUGUUACGCAUACGCUCAGUAUUAAAUUUCUUUUCAGAGAUAACAAACUGCAUUAAAUAUUUCCAACUGACAUGCUUUAGUUUUGCGUGUUGCGGGGGGGAUCAGGUCUUGAACUAGUAUUGCAUAGAAAUGUUUAAUGUUUUUCAUACACUUUAAUAAAAUGGAUUUCACAGGAAAAGGUUACUCAGUACAGUUUAGGAGUGCCAGAUGGUUGUUUUCUGGUUAAAUAAAGACAUAAUUCAAAGCUU